UGUGUGUGUGCGGGGCGCGGGGCGCGGGGCGCUGCGCCUGCGGUGAUGCGGUCAUGGCGUCGCGGCGCGUGACGCGCAAGUGGGAGGUGUUCGCGGGGCGCAAUCGCUUCUGGUGCGACGGGCGGCUGAUGACGGCGCCCCAGCCCGGAGUGUUCGCGCUCACGCUGGCGCUCAUCUGCGGCACGUGCGCGUUGCACUUCGCCUUCGACUGUCCCUUCCUGGCGGCGCGCGUGUCGGGCGCGGUGCCGGCGCUGGGCGCGGCGCUGUGCGGCGCCACGCUGGCCGCGCUGUUGCGCACGGCGCUCAGCGACCCCGGCAUCAUACCGCGCGCCGCGCCAGCCGAGGCGGCCGCGCUGGAGCCGCCCGACGCCGGUCGGCCGCCGCCGCGCGCGCGCGAAGUGCUCGUGCGCGGCCGCCCCGUCAAGCUCAAGUACUGCUUCACGUGCAAGAUGUUCCGCCCGCCGCGCGCAUCGCAUUGCUCGCUGUGCGACAACUGCGUGGAUCGCUUCGACCACCAUUGCCCCUGGGUGGGCAACUGCGUGGGCAAGCGCAACUACCGCUACUUCUACGCAUUCGUGGUGUCGCUGUCGUUCCUGGCGGUGUUCGUGUUCGCGUGCGCGGUGGCGCACCUGGCGCUGCUGGCGCGCGGCGCGGGCCUGGCCGCCGCCCUGCGCGCCUCGCCCGCCUCCGCGCUCGUGGCCGCCGUUUGCUUCCUGUCCGUGUGGUCCGUGCUGGGCCUGGCCGGCUUCCACACCUACCUCGCUUCCACCGACCAGACCACCAACGAGGACGUCAGUUUACAUCUUACAUCUACAUUUCUCUCUAUUUCGUAUUUAUAUUAGUGAAAACCUACUUCGAAACACACUUCCGU